CAUCGCAUAAACAGAGAGAGACGACGCGCAAGGAGCGCGCGUGUGCAUAGAGCCUCGUCGUCGUGGUUGCCGCGCUCGGGUCCGCUCAGCGCCGCUGCCCCUCUCGUUAUAGUUGGCGCGAAAAAUAAAAAUAAAUAAAAAAUAAAAAUAAACGAUCUGUGCGUGGAACGUAUCGGGUGUUUGUCGAGUGCGUGAUAUACAACGAGUGUGAUAUAUAUUAGGCUGAAAUACAUGCAUACGAGUGAACAAUGUUAAUGUUGCCGGAGUGUUGUAAGAGUGUCGAUCAAUCGAACGUUCGGGCGACGAGCUGCUGCGAGUGCGACGAGAAUCUCAAGAGAACCGGUGAAAAACACAGGCACGUAGUAUUUGUACCUAUUUAGAGAGGGAUCGGGUACUGUACCAGUCGAGCAAAGAACUGCGUGCGGAGCUUGUCACGUUGCGGGUGCAGUGCGCGGGAUAGUGAUAAUGUGCUGCGCAAUCGACAUGACUUACUAGGUUCACAAGUCAUCGCAGCCACUCGUGCGCUUCAGGUAUCGGUUAGGGUAAGCCUCGAUUUUGCCUCGAGCAGCGCAGCAGGUGCAGCAGCAGCAGCAGCAGGAACCGCCGUCGCGAUCGCCCGGCUUGGCUGCGGAGAGGAGAGCUUUGGAUAUCGGCUAGCCGCGGCACGACUCUCGGCUUACAAGGGAGAGCAUCAGCCACCCUGAUGGGAGUUUAUGAGGAGCGCGCCCCUCCCACCACCGGCAUGCACUGGCCGGCUAGUACGCAGGAACGUGGAGCAUCGGCAUCGGUGGUACUGAGCCUCGCUGGAGGAGCAUGUCAGCAGAACAGCAGUACCCCUAGCAGCGUCGGCGUCGGCGGCGGCGCCUGUAUCAGCGACUCUUCCUCCAUUCCCAGCAACAACAGCAGCAACAGCAGCGGCGGCGGCGGCAACAGCGCGGCCAACAAUCCCAACGGUCAGCAGCAACGAGAUCACAGCCCGUGUCUACCGGCGUCCAUGGGUGAUGCCGCGCGACCGACGACCCUACCCUCGAGUCCGACGACGCCUCGAGCUCAGCAGCAGACACCUACGUUACAGCAGCAACAGCAACAGCAACAGCAACAGCAGCAGCAGCAGCAGCAACAGCAGUGUGGACAGCCCGGUCACACGAGCCUGACGCACUGCAGCACCAAUAAUAAUUGCUACGCCGAUCCUGCCUCUACCCCCUACGACUCGAGAGACUACGGAUCACCGGGAGAUUCGAACGAAUACCGCGGCAGCAACAACAACUACGAGCACACGAGCGACCUGAACAUGCCGCCGCACAUACAGCACCAGCAUCAUCAGCAGACGAUACUGCAUCAGCACUCGGCGGAUCAGGGCCAGCAGCAUCACGUGGACGCGAUACCGAAGCUCGAGCCACCCUCGACGCCGCCCCAUCAUCACCAGCAUCAUCAUCCGCAUCAUCCGCAUCACUUUCACGGAGCCCAGCUGGAGCAGCAUCAGCAGCAACAGCAACUAGUCAUCUGCGCCGGCUGCGGCUUCAGAAUCGCCGAUCGAUUUUAUCUGCAAGCGGUGGAUCGACGGUGGCACUCCUCGUGCUUGCAGUGCUCCCAUUGCCGACAGGGCCUCGACGGAGAGACGACUUGCUUCUGCAAGGAUGGAAACAUCUACUGCAAAAAGGAUUACACCAGAAUGUUCGGCAACAAGAAGCGCUGCGCCCGAUGCCAGGCGGCCAUCCUCUCGUCGGAGCUGGUGAUGCGCGCCCGGGAGCUGAUAUUCCACGUGCGCUGCUUCAGCUGCGCCGCCUGCUCGGUGCCUCUGACCAAAGGCGAUCACUUCGGCAUGAGGGACGGCACGGUGCUGUGUCGCUCGCACUACGAGAUGGGCGCCGAGCUGCACCCGGCCCAGUCACCGCCGGUGCCCGUCUACCCGCCCGGGCCCCAGCACUACCCCGCGAGCUUCCCCUCGCCCGAGUUCCUAAGCCACAUGCAGAGGCAGCAGCAGCCCCCGGUUUCUCAGCAGCAACAGCAACAACAGCCACAGCAGCAGCAGCAGCAACAGAGCAGUCCGGUGCUGACGUCGCUGCAGCAGCAGUGCGCGGCCAUCGCGCCCGAGCAGCAACAGGCCGGAGGAGCCGCCGUCGUCGGAGCGGCUGUUCCGGUCUCGGGAGGCUGCGCGUCGCCGCCCAAGAUGCAGCAGUACUUCAACGGGGCCUCGCCCGUGAGCCAGCAGCAGCAGCAGGCCAACAGCACCGGAAGCGCAGCCAGUUCGGUCGUUCAAGUGCCGCCGCCGAGGCAGAAGGGACGCCCGAGGAAGAGGAAACCCAAGGAUCUCGAGGCCAUGACCGCGAGCCUCGGUGACUCAUAUCUGAACACGGACUACAUCGACAUGCCGUUCGGCCGAGGCGGUCCGGGCACGCCGGGCAUGCCGGGCUCCAACAGCCGCACCAAGCGCAUGCGAACGAGCUUCAAGCAUCACCAGUUGCGCACGAUGAAGAGCUACUUCUCGAUCAAUCAUAACCCGGACGCCAAGGACCUGAAGCAGCUGUCGACCAAGACCGGACUACCCAAGCGAGUGCUGCAGGUCUGGUUUCAGAACGCCCGUGCCAAGUGGCGACGCAUGGUCCUCAAGCAGGAGGGAAAAUCCGACAAGUGCGUCGGCCUGGGCCCGAACGCCGCCAGCCUCGACGGCAGCGGCAUGUCCGAGCUGGAGCUCUACGGCGGCGGAGGCAGCGCCGGCAGCACGGGACCCUCGCCCAUGAGUCCGCACUUCGGCCUGGGAGGAGCCCACAGUCCGGCCUCGCUGGGAUCGCUCGAUUGCGCGUGACGCGACGAGCUGCUCCGAGAAGGAUCCCCCUACUAGCCGCUCAUGGCCCGAUCCUCGAGCAUGUGAUAAUAGCAAAGAGCAGAGACUCGGCCACGACCUGCGGCGAAUAAUCGAGAGGCAUGGCUCGAGUAUGCGAAUUCGUGCGCGCACUGCACCUAGUAUACGUUAUACGGAUUAUCGCGAGUACAGCGAGUUUAUCGCGAGCAAUGCCGCGCGUAUAUAAAGCUGCGCAUUUGUUGGCCGCCGAGCGCGCGAUAAGCGCAGCGCCGCGAGCCGACGAGCAAAAAAGCCAGCCGAGGUGCUUACAACGUGCUCCUUUGCUGCGCUAUAGAUGCCACAAUCUCGAGAGUACGAUAUUAUUUCUGCGCGCGCGCGCGCAAAAAAGAGAGCGCAGGAGGAUAUUUAUCGGCGCGCCAAUGCGCUCUUUAUCCCCCCGUGUGGCCAUUUCGACUGAGCUUGAUAUUUCUGGGGCCCGCGCGCGGCCAGCCUUGUAAAAUAGCCUCGACCGAAUCAUUUGUACAUAGUCAUUUUUCGACUGUAAGAUAAAUCCAACGAGUUUGCGUGAUCAUAUCGAAUGGGUGCGAUUGCAGUGUAAAAACAAAUUUACGAUUACCUAGUUGAGUAAGCGACAUUUAUAGAUUUAUAUAUGAAUAUAUGUAACGUGGACUGCAGAAUCUUGAUUGUACAUAGUCAGAAAAAAAGUGUUUAUUUCCUGUAUGCGUGCGCGACUGCACCGCAGCAUGUACCGUAUAUAUAUGGUAAGGUAAGAGAGAACUGAUACACAUCGACUAGUGAAUGUUGUAAAAAUUAUAUAUAGAUAAAUAUAUUGUAUGUAUAUGAAAAAAAUAGUAAGAAGCCGUGAGACGAGCCGGGCGAAACGUUAACGUUCCUUUUUUUGUCGAUUAAUAAAUGUUUAAUUUACGGCGUUGAUCGGACAAAAUGCACGCGACGUAUGUGCAAAGACUUUAAGCGCCGCUUUUUUAA